UACGCCCCCAGGAUUUCCAAAUAUAUAUAUUUGGAUGCCUACAUUUGUGUUCUGAUUGAUAAUUUGUACUUCCUAAUUCCUAUCAAUCAUUGUUCACAAAUGGACACAGUUUGAAGAAAAAGUACUUGCAAAAAUGUUGCUUUAACAAGUCCGCUUUCAGGUUUUUAAGGGAGAAAAAAAUGUUUUCAAUUGAAAAGAUUUUUUCUGGUCUUGAGAAAUCUAACUUGGUGGACAAUCCACCAAAAUGUUGACAUGUGUCUAUAAUUAGUUAAAAGCAGCAUUUGAAAUAAUGUGCUUAAUUCAGUCUGCUGUAAUUGUUCCCACUUGCAGAAUGUCCCUGGCUGCUUACUGUAUGAUCUGUUGCAGAAGAAUGGCAACCUCUUCUCCCUCACUGAAAAGCAGCAAGUACUGGAGAGAGAUCCGAAAUAUUAUAAAGUUUACUGGCUCCCUUAUUCUAGGUUCUGGCCCUGAAGAAGUCUUUGACACUAGAUACUCAAGUGGUAGAAAAAGAAAAAAUGAAGUCAUACGUAUACGUGAAUACAGUGUCUUUAGAUAACAGAGAAAAUCAUGGAAUCAUCUACCAGGCAAGGAAAGAACUUCAUAAAAUAGUAAGAAAACUAUUGGCAACAUCAGCCAAAAUAUUACGGAAUCCAUUUGCUGACACCUUUAGCACGGUGGACGUGGAGGACCACGAGUGCACGGUGUGGCUGCUCCUGAGGAAGAGCAUGUCGGCCGAUAAGGCAGCGCGGCUGCAGGCCGUGCAGGAAAUGUCCCAGGCCCACCACUGGCAAGAUUACCAGUAUAGAAUCAUUGCUCAAGCCUGUGAUCUGAGAACUCUGAUUGGUUUGGCACGAAGCAAAGAGAGUGAUCUUCGUUUUUUUCUCCCACCACCUCCUUUGCCAUCCUUAAAAGAAGAUUCCUCUGUUGAAGAGGAGCUCAGGCACUUGCUGGCUUCUUUGCCACAAACAGAGGUGGAUGAAUGUAUCCAGUAUUUUACGUCUUUGGCUCUGAGCGAGAGCAGUCAGAGCCUGGCUGCUCAGAAGGGUGGCUUAUGGUGUUUUGGAGGAAAUGGACUUCCUUAUGCUGAAAGUUUUGGAAAAGUUCCUUCAGCUACAGUAGAAAUGUUCUGUUUAGAAGCUAUAGUAAAACAUUCUGAGAUACCCACACAUUGUGACAAAAUUGAAGCAAAUGGAGGCCUGCAGUUGCUUCAGAGGCUCUACCAGCUUUACAAGGACUGCCCGAAAGUGCAGAGAAAUAUAAUGCGUGUCAUUGGGAAUAUGGCUCUGAACGAACAUCUUCACCCUGCAAUAGUCCACUCAGGCUGGGUUUCCCUGAUGGCAGAAGCAAUGAAAUCUCAGCAAAUUAUGGAGGCCUCACAUGCUGCCAGGACCCUGGCUAACCUGGACCGAGAAACUGUGCAGGAAAAGUACCAGGAUGGCGUGUACGUGCUGCACCCCCAGUGCCGUACCAGUCAGCCCAUUAAAGCCGAUGUCCUUUUUAUUCAUGGCCUUAUGGGAGCAGCCUUCAGAACAUGGCGCCAGCAGGACCUUGAUGAGGUUCUGAUGGAAAAGGCUUCUGAGGAUGAAGACAGGUAUACCACCUGUUGGCCAAAGACGUGGUUAGCAAGAGACUGUCCUGCUCUCCGCAUUAUAUCUGUGGAAUACGACACCAGCCUCAGUGACUGGCGAGCAAGAUGCCCCAUGGAAAGAAAGUCCAUUGCAUUCAGAAGCAGCGAACUCCUCAGGAAGCUCCGAGCGGCUGGUGUCGGGGACAGGCCCAUGAUCUGGGUGUCGCACAGCAUGGGGGGUCUUCUUGUCAAAAAGAUGCUGGUGGAAGCCUCUAAGAAGCCAGAAAUGAGUACUCUUAUCAACAACACCAGAGGGAUGAUUUUCUACAGUGUCCCCCAUCACGGAUCCCAUCUGGCUGAAUACUCUGUUAAUUACCGCUAUCUUCUCUUUCCCUCCUUGGAAGUCAAAGAGCUCAGCAAGGAUUCUCCCGCACUGAAAGCACUACAGAAUGACUUUCUGGAGUUUGCUAAAGACAAAAACUUCCAGGUGCUGAAUUUUGUAGAAACACUACCAACCUGUAUCGGCAGCAUGAUUAAACUCCACGUGGUACCAGUGGAAUCGGCAGAUUUAGGCAUUGGAGAGCUAAUUCCUGUGGAUGUCAACCAUCUAAACAUUUGUAAGCCAAAGACAAAGGAUGCUUUUCUGUACCAACGUACCUUACAAUUCAUCCAUGAAACUUUAGCCAAAGACCUUGAAAACUAACCGUUGUCCUAGUCCAUUUUUCAUGUGUGAACACAAUGCAAGAAACUUGGUGUUCUCGUUCUCUUUCUAAGCUCCAGCAACCAUGCAAACGUAGUGAUUAUGACAUCCGUGUAGUCUGGAAUAUGCUGCAGGCAAGAGAACAUUGUCCUCAGUCCGGAAACCGGGAAGCAUAAUCACAGAUGGAAGUGGCACCAAAGAGUGAAAGGCCUGGACUCCUUCCACUUGGAAGACAUUCCCGUGCGCCACCAUUGGUGGUCGCGGUGUGGUGCCUCGUGGCGGGGAGUGGAGCUGCUGUGGACAGAGAAGAACCUCUUCCUGGUGAGCGGCUCCCAGCUCACUCCAGGAGGAGCACAGGCUCUCAGGGAGAGCCGACGUCACCUUCACUUCUCAGUAAAAUGCAUCUGGAGAGUGCCACACGGAGUGGCGAGAAGACUGAACCAGAACAGAAAUGACUGUUUUGUUCUGGGCGUCCGUAUGCUGUAAAUUGGUCAACACGUGUCCAUGUCAAUCUUUGUCUAGUGCAUUAUCACGGUGUCAACUUCAUUCUACCUGCCACCAUGCACGAAUCAGCUCCUUGGGUUUCUCUUCAUAUUGCUGAGAGCAAAGCUUUUUGUUAACAAAAUUCUCGAUUAUACAUGUCCUUUCCAGACUCUAGCUACCUAUACUUACAGUUUGUCCCAGAUAAAGUUGCUAAUCUGGUAUUGAUCAGAGUAUGAAAUAAAACUAAGCCAUUAUGUAUAUUAAUGAUACUUAGUGUCAAGAUUCUCAGAUUUUCUUUAACCAAGUAAAGUGUACCUUUCUUGCUCGCUUGGAGGUGGUAAUGACCUCCAUCCAACAUCUGAGAAGUAGGAAAUUAUGUUGAUGGACUUUUUUUUAAAGUAACAGCUUCAUUGAGAUAUAAUUCACACAACAUAAAAUUCACCCUUUUACAGUUUAAUCCAGUGCUCUUUAGUAUAUCCAUAGAGUUGUGCACCCAUCACCACCAUCUAAGUUCAGAACAUUUCCUCAUCGCCCAGGGUAGCCCUGUACGGUACCCAUUAGCACUCGUUCCUCGUUCCCCCUCCCCAACCCCUGGCAAAUACUAACUGCUCUGUCUCC